UGUUUGAUUGUUCAAAUUCUUGCAAUAACAAUGGAGUGUAUAGUAGCGAAUGUGGAACAUAUGCGAUUUGAUAUUGAGAUUGCUCUCGACGAACAAUAUGGAGCUCUUCCGUUACCUUUCACUGGCAUGGACAAAUCAAUUGCCGCAGUAUGCCAGUUUUAUCCGAAAGGCAGUUGUAAUAAAGGAGCUUCGUGUCCUUUCAGACAUGUUCGAGGCGAUCGUACGAUAGUAUGUAAACAUUGGUUAAGAGGUCUUUGCAAGAAGGGUGAUCAGUGUGAAUUUCUGCAUGAAUAUGAUAUGACGAAAAUGCCAGAAUGCUAUUUUUAUUCUAGAUUCAAUGCAUGUCACAAUAAAGAAUGCCCAUUCUUACACAUCGAUCCGGAGACAAAAGUCAGAGAUUGUCCAUGGUACGACCGUGGUUUUUGUAGGCAUGGUCCUUUAUGUCGGCAUCGACAUGUCAGACGUGUUCUGUGUAUGGCUUAUUUAGCAGGUUUUUGUCCAGAAGGGCCAAAUUGUAAAUUUAUGCAUCCAAGAUUCGAAUUACCGGCAAUACAAGAUAUGCAACCAAAGGAGGGCAAAAAAGUUAUGAUCACGUGUCACUUUUGUGGAGAAGGAGGUCAUAAAGCGAUUUAUUGCAACAAAAUGCCACCCGAUGUACGGGAAGCUCAAGUUAGACAGGAGCUCGACAAUGAUUCUCGUACAUCGCAUCAUCAUAUGAAUAUACAUAAUGGACCACCUCCGUCACGAGGGCCGCAAAAACCACUCGAAGAAGUGACGUGUUACAAAUGUGGACAGAAAGGUCAUUAUGCUAAUAAAUGUCCAAAAGGUCAUUUAGCAUUUUUGAGCCAUGCAAGUAUUCAUGCAAGUGGAGGUGGCGGACAAAAUCAAAAUUAUCGGAGAUGAUUUUCUUUGUUUUAUUUAUGUAACAUGGAUAUUGUGAUGCUACUUUAUCUCAUUAUUAUCUUUAAAAAUUUCUAUUAUACAAUAAAAUAAUUUAUCAUAUGUAUCAA